AUGAUUCUGAACUUUAUGAUAAUUCUGAUAGCUGCUUUGCCGGGUAUUAGUGGAAUAUGCCAUUUCACACCUUUGCCUAAACUAGAAAAGUGCCGUGCUGCACUGAAUUGUUCUAUAACUUUGAAAGACCCCACAAGUAAUCUGCAGUCAUGGACAUGCAUACGACGUCAAAGAAUCAACUAUGAUUAUUACUAUCGAAAUAACUAUGACGACAGUUAUACUCUUGAUACUAAUUACGAGCUAUACAUUACGUUACAAGAAGUAAACAUAAAUGAAUUCGAGGAUCCAUUAAAUGCACUUAAUAGUAUGAGGACAAGUAAUGUAAAGACUUUGAGUAUAAUCGAAGGAAACUUAGUUUCAGUGUCACCAGAAAUUUACAAACUGAGUAUGUUAGAGGAACUCGUUAUAGUUAACAACAUGGUUGAAAAACUGAGCCUCAAGGAAUUAGUCUUCAUGUCUUCUCUGACUACACUCAAUAUGUCUAGAAAUUUAAUUUCAACCAUCGAAAGCGUCGACUUUCAAAUAGAAGCGAGCAGCGGGCUUCGUACUAUUGAUUUGAGUUAUAAUCAACUGGAGACAGUGCCAGAUAAUUGUUUUUUAAAGUUCCCCCGACUGCUUUAUUUGGAUCUGUCUCAUAAUUCGAUAAAGAAAAUCGAGUUGCUCACGUUUGAAGGAAUGAGAAACAUCGAAACGCUGUUGCUAUCUUACAAUGAAAUAAAAUCAGUGGGCUUAAACUUUGUAAGGUUCAUAAAUUUGAAACUGCUGGAACUGGAUCACAACGAAUUGACGUCGUUAAGUGAAGGAAGCUUGAAGAACUUACUAAACUUGGAACACUUGAAUCUCAGUUCGAAUCAGUUAAAUACAAUACAAGAAGAUAGUUUUAGAGGGCUACAAAAAUUACAGGAAAUAGAUUUGUCAAAUAAUCAAAUCAAGACUGUUCCAACUUAUCUGUUUCAAAGUAAUAUUAAUCUGCACACAGUUUACUUGUCGAACAAUAACAUAGAAACUAUACAAGAUGGUGCUUUUGAUGGCACCAAUAUAACAGAAUUAUCCAUAAAAGGUAACUGUAUCAUUGGAACUAUAAAUUCUAAUACGUUUCUUGGAGUACAUAUCGACAGUCUAGAUUUGUCUGGAGGAAAGAUAACGACCAUUGGUGAAGAAGCAUUCAGUAAUAUGGGAAGCGACUUGACUUGUUUGAAUUUGAGCAGAAAUAGCAUAGAAAUUAUGUCAAAAUCGUGUUUUAAAAAUUUGACCUCAUUGUCCAAGUUGGAUCUAUCCAAUAAUGAUUUAGUUGAAAUUGAUAUUGAUAGUAGAGAUUUAAAGAUGUUGGAAGAAUUGUAUUUGAACAAGAAUAAAAUUAAAAAAGUUCAUAACGUCGUAUUUAGGGACCUAGAAUCGUUAUUAACUUUAGACCUCUCUGAAAAUGCUCUUCAGGAAUUACAAGAAAACUAUUUUGAAGGACUCAAAAACUUGAAAACACUUCUUCUUAAUAAUAACAACCUACAUUUCUUAGCAUCAAAUGUUUUCAAGGGAAUAGAGAACUUGAAAAAAUUAGAUAUGUCUCAAACAAGAAUUAGCUCCAUAACAAAUGAGUUAUUUGAAGGAUUACUUUCCUUAGAAAUAUUAAACAUUUCUCGAAGUCAGCUAAAAACAAUCGAAUUCGCAGCUUUUGACAGAACGAGUUGGAUUAAAAUUCUCGAUAUCUCCUAUAACGAAUUAGAAAAAUUUACUGUGAGUACUAUUCAGUUAUCACGAUUAACUCAAUUAUAUUUAAAUCACAAUCACUUGAAAAAUAUAACGGAAACAACUUUUUCUAAUAUGACUUCUCUAGAAAAAGUAAAUUUAUCUCACAAUAAUAUUUCUCACAUCCAUUCCAGCUCUUUACGUUCCUUGAGUCAUUUAAACUUCGUGGACCUCAAUUUCAAUAUAGAUGUAGAAAUACCGGGAGAGGUUUUUAAUAAUUUGCAUAUCUCAGAAGUAUCCUUAGCGAAUAUUAAACGGCCUUUUAACUUCAGUCAAGCUAACAACGUAUCUAUAACGACUUUAAUACUUUCAGAAUGUAAUAUUUCCGAUAUAGAUUCCCUAUUCGUUUACAAUAUUGAUAAUUUACAAAAAUUAUUAUUACAAUCUAAUUUAAUAACAUCACUCACUAAAGAGUCAUUUAAAAGAAUGCCGCUUCUUAAUUCACUUGAAUUGAGUCGAAAUAGAAUAUCUUUUAUACAACCGGGAACAUUUCUUCACGCUGAUAUGAUCAACACGCUUUACCUUAACGAUAAUGAUUUGCGAACUUUGCAAUAUGGCUCACUCGAUGGCUUAAAAAAUCUCCAUUUCCUUAAUUUGUCUAGUAAUGCAAUCAGGGAAUUUAAUCCGAAACUUUUACGUGGUUCACCCCAUAUAUCAACUCUAUACCUUGAAAAUAACGAUAUUAUUAAAAUCGAUUUCAAAGAAUUCGCUGAAACAAGCCUAAGAAAAUUAUACAUUGGACAAAAUCCUUUGGCUUGCGAACAACUCAUAAGCUUGAAUAGUACACAGUAUGAAAAUCUGGUCAUCACGGUUGGCCAAUUUGAUUUUCAUUCAGAAAAUAUUGAUGGAAUCCCCUGUAUAACAUAUGCUACCUCAACAAAAGACAAAACAAAUAAUGCUGGAAACGAGGUAACGGAUAAACUGACCAACUUGGAAGUGUCAGUCAGCCUACUGCAAGACAUAUUCAGUAAAAAUUUGAACGAAACAACGUCUAUAUCACAGACACUUAAAGAUAUUAUGACUCAUGUAUCAAAUUAUAAAAAUGAAAUAAUAACAGAACAUAAUGACUCCGAAAGAUCGUUAUUAAAUUAUCUACAAGAAUUGCUAAAUAGACAAGACUCACUAAGAACAGUCCUGGUCAAUUCAAAUAUUAACGUAACAGAAGCUAUUGGGAAGAUUUUAAUUCAGUUCAAUAAUAAUUUAUCUAACUGGACCAAGAAUUUUUCAAAAGAAAACAUCGAAGCUAUGAAGAUGUGGUCUGAAAAUAACGAGAAGCAAACACUAUCAACACACCCAUACACUGAACAAUCGUAUGAAAACAAAGUUAAAGAUUCUGACAGUACAUACCUCUUAUAUAUUUUAGGUGUAUUCUUAACUAUCCAAAGUAUCGUGACUAUUAUUUUCAUGUUUUAUUUAUUUAUUAUGAAAUACAGAAAGAAAGUGUGUACCGCUAACAAUAUACACGAUAGCAGUCAUCCCUUAAAUGUUAUGGAAAUAGAAUAA